UGACUGGAUCCGCCGUGAAUUGUCUGCUCGAGAGCCCAGGCCGCCCCGCCCGAGCCCGCCCUCCGCCGCCGCCGCCGCCGCCGCACGGUCCUGGGAGCCCCCGGGGGGAGGGGGACAGGAAUGAGUCGCUCUGCCCGAGGCCGCGAGACGCAGGAAUGAUCUGAGCCCGGCCAUUCCCGGCCUGCCCCGCGCUGCUCUCCGUGACUCGUCCUGCUGCCGAUCUAAAGAAUUAUCAAAAUGGGAGCGUUUUUAGACAAGCCAAAGAUGGAGAAACAUAAUGCCCAAGGGCACGGUAAUGGAUUGCGAUAUGGUCUUAGUAGUAUGCAAGGCUGGCGAGUUGAAAUGGAAGAUGCACAUACAGCUGUGAUUGGUCUGCCAAACGGACUUGAUGGUUGGUCAUUCUUUGCUGUUUAUGACGGUCAUGCUGGGUCCCAGGUUGCCAAAUACUGCUGUGAGCAUUUGCUAGAUCACAUCACAAGCAACCAGGAUUUCAAAGGGACUGACGGACAGUUGUCUGUAGAGAGUGUAAAAAGUGGGAUCAGAACAGGCUUCCUGCAAAUUGAUGAACAUAUGAGAGUAAUCUCUGAGAAGAAACAUGGUGCAGACAGAAGUGGCUCAACCGCUGUGGGUGUAAUGCUUUCUCCUCAGCAUAUUUACUUUAUCAACUGUGGAGACUCAAGAGGUUUACUUUGUAGGAGCAAGAAAGUCCAUUUCUUUACGCAGGAUCACAAACCAAGCAAUCCACUUGAAAAGGAGCGCAUACAGAAUGCUGGUGGCUCUGUAAUGAUCCAGCGUGUAAAUGGGUCACUUGCUGUUUCAAGGGCUCUAGGUGACUUUGAUUAUAAAUGUGUCCACGGAAAAGGCCCUACAGAGCAGCUUGUUUCACCAGAGCCUGAAGUUUAUGAGAUUGAGCGAUCUGAAGAAGAUGACCAGUUUAUAAUCCUGGCGUGUGACGGAAUCUGGGAUGUCAUGGGGAACGAAGAGCUGUGUGAUUUCGUAAGAUCCAGACUUGAAGUUACUGAAGACCUUGAAAAAGUGUGCAAUGAAAUAGUAGACACCUGUCUGUACAAGGGAAGUCGAGACAACAUGAGUGUCAUCUUGAUCUGUUUUCCAAGUGCACCAAAAGUAUCCCCAGAGGCUGUGAAGAGAGAGGCAGAGCUGGACAAGUACCUGGAAAGCAGAGUAGAAGAAAUCAUAAAGAAGCAGGGUGAAGAAGGUGUACCAGACUUAGUCCACGUGAUGCGUACGCUAGCCACUGAGACCAUCCCUAACCUCCCACCUGGGGGAGAAUUGGCAAGCAAACGGAGUGUGAUUGAAGCAGUUUACAACAAACUGAAUCCAUAUAGAAAUGAUGAUACUGAUUCUGCUUCAACCGAUGAUAUGUGGUAAAUCUGUCCAUUAAACAUGGAGUUUACAUCCAUCCUCCAAAUGAAAAACACAGCCCAACCUCAGUGGUCCUUCUUAGCACCCAUCCUCAACACUCAUUUAAAGAAGGGAACGAUGUGGGUGAGCGUGGUGACACCAGGGUAUCCCAGCAGUUCAACUGGCAGAGAAUCAGAUUGGCUUUCCUCAUAUUUCUUUCUCUAUCACUUCCUCACUUUAUAUAUUUUCUUUGUAAAAUUAGAAAUUUCUGUAAACGUACUUUCAAACAAUAAUUCACAUUGUAAAUCAGACUCCAGCUAUUUCUGUUGUAUGAUUUAAUUAUUAUUUUUUUUUGUAAAGUGCAAUUGUCCUUGUACAAAAUGGUCAUAUUUAAUUAUGGACUGCAAAUUUCUCCUAAAGGUUACAGGAAGUCUGGCUUGUUAUGUCAUGCAAACAAUAAUCUAACCCUAUACUUUCAUGUGGCGGUUUUAGAUAUGAAAUGCAGCAGCAACAUAACCCGCAAGGCCUCUAUGGAAUUGUUAAUAAGAUUGUAACUUUAAUGUACAGGUGUUUGUUAUUUUUGUGUUUUUUCCACCCUCUUUUCCCAAACAUUGAAUAACCUGCAAUGAUCUUAAAUUUAUUUUAAUUUUCACAUAGUGGUGAUUUAGAGAAUAUUGGGGCAUCUGAUGAGCAAUGUCAGCUGACCACACAGUCACUGCCCUAUUGGACACUCGUAGGGAGUGCAUUUUUCACUGCUUCAAUGUGUAAGGGGUUAAGAACAAAUGGGUACCCAAGAUUUAACCUUAUUUACUAAUCAUUUGUGUGGAGAGAUUUAUUCAUUAUCAUUUUUUUUUUCUUUUUAAUAAAAAAAUAAAAAAAAAACUACACUGGCUGGGUCUGUUGCUGCUACAGAGUUUUGAAUACCAUUUUAUCAAUAAAGCUUGAUUUGAGAAACAAAUCUAAUGCUAAAGUAGUAAUUUCUGCUUUGUACUUUUUUUUUUUUUAUCAUACUAUUAAAACGUCACUUUUGUAUAUUUUACUACACAGUGGAAACCCAUAUCUCAAAUGGGUAUGGACCAGUUUUGUUUCCCCCCUCAAUUUGACAAUGUGUUUUUAGAGAAGAAAAAAAAGCAACUUUACUAUAUUUAAAAGGGAUGUUUCAGGCUUCAUGUGUGUAGCUUGAAAUUUGCCUGUUUGUAAAAUGUUUUUUUUUUUUUUCUUCUUUUCAAUCCUGACAAUCUAACACUUUAUGUAUAUUUUCCACUUGACCAAUUUAUUACAUAGGACAAGUUAGUGAUUAAACAAUAUUUGUGAAUCCAAAUGUAUAGCAUGUUAACAAUGUUUAAUUACUGGGGUUUUGAAAGCCUGAUUUAGAAUCUUGAAUAUGGAAGUGACAAAGAAUUGUUUGUUUUCCCCUAAAAAUCAAAAUCGGAAUGUUUCCAUAUAAGCUUUGUUGACAAAACUACUGUGCGUGCACUGUUUGUCUUCAUGUAAGAUGUUGUAUUUGUAUUGAUAUGUGGUUAAUCAUUUAAAAAAAAAAAAAAAAAAAAAAAAAAGAUAACUUAAAAAAAAAAAAAUAUGUCUCCCACCAUUUGGUAGUUAGAAUUCCUUCUGUUUUUAUUCCAGCAUGUCUAACAAAUUUGAAGACUAUUGGGGCCCAAAUGAUUCUAAAGCAGUUAAUUUACCAUCUUACCCUGUUUUGUUUUUAAACAAAGCAGUAUAGGAAAAACUGUUUGUUUGUAAUUGGAGGUUUACAUUUAACCCAAGUUCAGAUUAAAAAUGUUUGUUUUCCUUCAAUCCAGUACUUUACAAGCUGAUUACUUUUCGAAGAUCAAAAUGUUUUUUGUUAUUUUGGUCAUGGUUGGGAGGGGUUUUACUUAAAUGAUGUGAUGGGGUUGAUGGAAGUUUCAGAAGUUAUGCAGUAAUGUUCAAACCUGGCUG